AUGAGAAGAGAAGGGCUUACAUUGCCAAUCUUAAGACCGGCACUUCCCGAGGUUAGAACAGCAGCAACAACGCCAGAUGCCACACAUAAACCAAAACAGCGGUUAUCGAAACAACUAUCCAUGUGCGAGACACCACGAGACGUUGCUUGGGAAAGAAGAAGGCGUCAGAUGAUAAUGAUUCAGGAGAAGAAGCUGCUUCACAAGGGCGUUUCAGACAAUCUUAGUGAGCAGACGAAACUAACAGAUGAGGAUUUAAACGAGCUUAAAGGAUCGAUUGAGCUUGGUUUCGGGUUCAAUGAAGAAGCAGGACAAAAGCUCUGCAAUACAUUACCAGCUCUAGAUCUUUACUUUGCAGUGAAUCGCCAGCUCUCGCCUCUCCCUUCACCUAGCAGCAGCCGUAGCAGCAGCGCAUCUGCCCAAUUUGCAUCUUAUGCAGGGUUAUUUUGUACAGCGAAAACUGAUUGGAUUCCUGAGAAUCAGACACACAAACUCCGGCAUCGGCGAACUGAACUAACUCCGAUACUCAAAACCCACUUCAAAAACAUGGCUCCUGACGCUUCUACUGCUCUUGCAGCGAGGGAGAAAGUUCAGCAAUUCCUGAAUGCAGCUUGUACCGGAAACCUUGAUUUCCUCAAGAAGGUUGCUCAGCAACUUGAUGAAGGAAAAGGCCUUACGAAGACUGUUGAGAGUAUCAAAGACGCAAACAAACGUGGGGCGCUUCAUUUCGCUGCAAGAGAAGGACAAACUGAAAUAUGCAGAUACCUCCUCGAAGAGCUGAAACUUGACGCUGACACAAAAGACGAAGCUGGGGAUACUCCACUUGUUCAUGCUGCGAGGCAAGGACAGAUUGCAACGGCGAAGUAUCUUUUAGAUCACGGAGCCGAUCCUAACAUCGCAAGCGAACUAGGAGCCACGGCGUUGCAUCAUGCGGCUGGGACAGGGGAAAUCGAGUUGCUAAAGGAACUGCUAUCUAGAGGUGUACCCGUUGAUUCUCAAAGCGAGUCUGGCACGCCAUUAAUCUGGGCUGCUGGCCACGACCAAAAAGAAGCUGUGGAAGUCUUGUUACAACACAACGCUGAUCCUAAUGCUGAGACGGAGGACAACAUCACGCCGUUGUUAUCUUCAGUGGCAGCUGGUUCUCUCGCUUCCUUAGAGCUGUUGGUCAAGGCGGGUGCUAAAGCUAAUGUUUUUGCUGGUGGUGCAACUCCGUUGCAUAUUGCCGCUGAUAUUGGAGAUCUCGAGUUGAUUAACUGUUUACUUAAAGCUGGGGCUGAUCCGAAUCAGAAAGACGAGGAAGGCAAUAGGCCAUUGGAAGUUGCAGCUGCAAGAGAGAACAGAAAGGUUGUUGAGACGCUCUUCCCGUUGACAACUAAGCCCGACUCUGUUUCUGAUUGGACAGUAGAUGGGAUUCUCGCUCACAUGGAAUCAAACAAAGAACUGGGACGAGAGGAAAACUCAAGCAAGGCAAAAUCCGGGACUGAGAUCAAGAAAGAUCUUCCUGAGGUCUCCCCAGAAGCAAAGGAGAAAGCCGCAGAAGCGAAAGCGAGAGGACAAGACGCGUUCCACAGAAAGGAUUUCCAGAUGGCCAUUGACGCGUACACACAAGCAAUUGAUUUUGACCCGACGGACCAUACCUUAUUCUCAAACCGAAGCCUCUGCUGGUUGCGGUUAGGACAAGCUGAGCAUGCCUUAUCGGAUGCUAAAGCCUGCAGAGAACUUAAACCCGAUUGGCCUAAAGGUUGUUUCAGAGAAGGCGCUGCUCUUCGUUUGCUACAGCGAUUUGACGAGGCAGCCAAUGCUUUUUACGAGGGAGUGUUGCUUAGCCCUGAAAGCAAAGAGCUCAUUGAUGCAUUCAGAGAAGCGGUAGAUGCCGGAAGGAAGUUUCACGGCAAGGACAAGAUUGAGGCCAAAUCAUAAGUUAUCUUUCGUGAGAUGGCUCUAUUUAGUAGUAUCUGUAUGAAGUUUUGAUCUGCUUCUUACUUUGAUCUAUCCCUUUGAUCUAUCCCUUAUGCAGUUGCCUAGUUUUUACUUUAUGUACUAUAAACUUCAUGAACAAAGUUUUGUUUGUGCUCACAUUUUUGGUAAUCCAGUUAUCACUUUAUUCAUAAGUAUAACUUACAAGUUACGGAUCUAUCUUUUACUUCUUCAGCAAUUGACAAACGCGUACUUGACAAUUUAGUGCCCACGAGCAUAUCCUUGACCUUGACCGUUGGUGUCGAGCUGUUUGAAAACGCCGUCGUCCAAGUCCAAACCGCCGUUACUGCAUUGAUCCACGAUUCUCACAGUAGCUUGUGUUCCGGUCGCAGUAUUCGUCACCUGCGUCAUGGCCAUAACAAAACAAACUAUGAGCCUAACAAAAGAUUUUACUGGGCUUAGUUCCAAUAAUAUGUCGCCCAUAAAAGCCCACUAGUUUGAGCUUACCCAAUCAAAAUUUGAGCCCAACAAAAGAUUUUACUGGGUUUAGUUCGAAUUAUUUCGAGCCCAU